AUGCUACUGGUGGCGUUCAGCGUUGGAAGCUUGCUAGCGAGCCUGCUCACCACUUGCAUGUGCUUCUUCUCCUCGAGAAAGUCAGCGGCGCACAAGGCGGAACGCGAGGCCGCCCUCCACGUGCAGGCCGAGCGCGCGGCGGCAGCGGCCGCGCGCGGCGAGGCGCCUACCCUCCUCCAGCGGCUCAGCGGCAACAGCACCGCCUCUUCGGCCCCAGGCCUGCACCGCGACUCUCUGAGGGAGCCUCUGCUCACAUCCAUCCCCGAGCACGACUCGGAUGCCGCGCUGCCGGUGGCGGCGCUGCCGCCGCAGCAGCUGGAGGAGGUGCCGCGGUGUGUGCAAACCUUCCUGGAGCGUGCGGUGCGGGAUGACCGCCCCUGGAAACUCUUCACCCUCACCCAGCUGGGCCAGAUGAAGAUGGACCCAAAGGGGGGGGUGAUGUUUCUGGGCCAACCUGACCCACCCCUGGGGCCGCACCUGCAGCUGGCGUGCCCGCUGGAGCCCGCGUUUGUGUGGAGCGCCACCGCCAGCCUGGCGCCGUUCGUCACGCUCAGGGGCUGCGACAGCUUUGUGGACAACAGCGGCGAGUGUGCCUGGCACCUGUGGGGCUCGGUGCCCGCCGCCUCUGCGGCCGGGCGCGAGGUGGACAGAACUCUGCACCUGCGCUGGCUGGCAGAUGCGGCCUGCUUCCCGCAAGCCCUCGUGCCCAGCCGCUUCCUGCGUUGGGAGCAGGUGCCCGGGGAGAGCAACGAGGCCGAGGCGGUGCUGACGUACGGCGGCCUGACGGUGCGCGCCGUCUUCACCUUUGACCGGUUUGGGCGCGUGGUGCGCCUGCGGACGCGCGACGCCCUGCGCCGCCUGUCCAAUGGCGGGUACGAGUUGGGGGAGUGGCGGGUCGCCUACUCCGGCCACAUGCUGUUCGGGCUGACCCCGCAGGGCCCCGUCAUACAUGAGGAGAUGGCCACGAUGGCUGGCAUCCACAUCCCCACCAACAUGGAGCAGAGCUGGGUGCUGCCCGACGGCUCGCGCUGGGUGUAUGCGCGGCUCACCGUCGCCAAGAUCAAGGAGCAGUGGCGGCGCCUCUGCAAGCAGCACCACCCGGACCUACAGCCAGAGCACCUGAGGGGGCAGGCGGAGCACUACUUUAAAGAGAUCAGCAGCGCCUACCGAACCCUGGCCUCCCGCGGCUCCAACCUGGCAGCUUACGCCGAUUUCACGGCGGCGUCGGCGGCAGCAGCGCGCGGGUCGCCAUACGGCGCUGGGUUCCGCUCAGCGUGGGCGCCCGGCGGCAGCCAGGCCAAGUGGAGUAAUGGCGUUGUGGCCGCGGUGCUCUUUGUCCCUCUCGUCAUCACUGGGAUGUGGAUGGCGUUCAAGUUAGAUGAGGGGGCCAGCCAUUUCCGCCCCAACGGCCUGCUGGAGCCGCCCGUGAACCCCUUUUUGCGAGAAGACCUGCGGCCCAAGGUGUUCAGCCACCUGGCGCGGCGGCGACAGCAGCAGGAGGAGCAGGCGGCGGCGGCGGCAGCAGCGCGGGCGGCGGCAGUGGAAGGGCCGGCAGGAGCGGCGGCGGCAGCGGCGGCGGCAGGGGCGGCAGCCUCCCGCCGGUGGUGGCCGUAAGGGGAAUGGUGGUCGUUAUACCACGUGGGUACCAUCAGAGUUUGUCUGUUGAGAGCUUCUUUUGACCUUCCAAUACAUUGAUACAUAACAUUUAGACACUUUUCUUCCAUUUCAUUUGAACAUUCUGGCAAAUUGUGCAAGAUUUUGCUGG